UACAAAUCCUCAUUUCUUCUCCGGUUACAGAAUCGCACAGUUACGCAGAGAAGAGAACCGCAGGGAGCGUUGAUGAUCGCCGAGCUGCCAAAUGCGGAGGAAUUUAACGGCGACGGCGGUUAUUUUCGGUUUUCUGGCGGUUCAAUUGAUCGUCGUCGUCGCAAUUUUAUCAGUGCAGUGCGAAGCGCAGGAUCGGUUCGAGAGCGAUUACGAUUACAGCGAUGGCGUGAACUCGAGUCAGCUGAAUGAUCCGACGGUUCUGAACCGGUUCACGGAGUUCGUCUACCGGAGACUCGCCGGAAUUACCUCCGAUCUCAUCCGCGGCGAAAUUGCUCAGAAAGCAGCCUUCUGCGUCACAAAUCCGGAAGAAGAUUGGAACAAAUCAUUCAAUUAUUCCGAUAAUUUGAAUUUCUUGUCCAAUUGCAUUCUUGAAACUCAAGGGGAGUUGCCGCAGAGAUUAUGCACAGCGUCGGAGCUGAAAUUCUACUUCACUAAUUUCAUAGCCAACAGAGGAUCGCCGGCGGCCUUCCUCAGCCCCAAUCGCAACUGCAAUUUAACCGAAUGGAUCUCCGGCUGCGAGCCAGGCUGGGCUUGCAGCACGGGCUUGCCGACGCAGCCUGUCGUCGAUUUCAGAGACGCCGCCGAAAUUCCACUCCGGAACUCCGAUUGCCGGCCGUGCUGCGAAGGCUUCUUCUGCCCUCAGGGCCUUACCUGUAUGAUACCAUGUCCGCUUGGUUCCUACUGCCCCCGAGCAACUUUCAAUGUGUCGACUGGUUCAUGUGACCCAUAUCUUUACCAAUUACCUGCUGGAAAGCCAAAUCACACCUGUGGAGGGGCUAACAUUUGGGCAGAUGUUAGCCGAAGCAAACCGAUGUUCUGUUCAGCAGGAUCGUAUUGUCCAACAAACACAGAAGAAAUUCCAUGCGCCAGCGGGCAUUUCUGCCAAAUGGGCUCUACAUCUGAAAAUCGAUGCUACAAGUUAACUUCGUGCAAUGCAAAAUCAUCGAGGCAGAAUUUAUCCCAGUACGGAAUAAUGUUGAUAGUUAGCAUUGGCAUUGCUUUAUUCGCCUUCUACAAUUGUUGUGGGAAAGCCAUAACUAUUAGGGAAAGGAGGUAUGCUCGAUCAAGGGAAUCUGCGGUGAGGAGUGUAAAGGCCAAUGCUCAAGCGCAAGCUAGAUGGUUAGCGGCAAAGGAUGCCAUUAGAAGACGGGCGCUUGCAUUGUCCCGAUCAUUUUCCCGUAAGCAUGUUGCCAUGCAGAUCGAACAGGUCAGAACACUAAAUCCGACGCGCGGCACACUGUCAGAACGGAAGGAACUGGAAUUUGCUUACCCUCCAAUCCAAGAAAUCGAAGAGUACACCGAUAGUUUUGAAGGGGAUGAUCUCAGGAUUGAAAGCGAGGAAAAUGAUUUGGAAGGUGGCCAUCAAGAAACCGGAAGCAAUGAUAAGAAGAAGUCGAAGGUGAGGCAUAUCCGGACAAAUACACAAAUAUUUAAGUAUGCGUAUUCUCAGCUCGAGAGAGAGAAAGCGCAGCAACAGCACAUCAGAGACCUUACCUUCUCGGGGAAAAUCAAAAUGGCAAUGGAUACAGAAGCCCCGAGAAGACCUACAAUGAAGAUCUCUUUUAGAGAUCUAACAGUUACUUUGAAACAUAAAAAGAAGCAUCUCUUGAGAUGCGUCACUGGAGAGAUACAUCCCGGCCGAAUAACAGCCCUCAUGGGUCCAUCUGGGGCGGGGAAGACGACUCUACUCUCAGCAUUAGCUGGAAAAACAGUUGGUUGCUCAAUAACAGGCUUGAUACUUAUAAAUGGAAAGGUCCAGUCAAUCUCUUCGUAUAAAAAGAUCGUCGGAUUUGUGCCACAAGAUGAUAUCGUGCAUGGAAAUCUCACCGUUGAAGAGAACAUAUGGUUCAGCGCCAAUUGCAGACUAUCAGCAGAUUUACCGAAAGCAGACAAGGUACUCGUCGUUGAAAGAGUGAUUGAGUCGCUGGGAUUGCAGCCCGUGCGAGAUUCCCUGGUCGGAACAAUAGAGAAGCGAGGAAUCUCCGGAGGACAACGAAAGCGCGUAAACGUGGGGUUGGAGCUUGUGAUGGAGCCUUCGCUUCUAUUUCUCGACGAGCCAACUUCAGGAUUAGACAGCUCGUCGUCUCAGCUUCUCCUUAGAGCACUCAAGCGCGAAGCGCUUGAGGGCGUCAAUAUUUGCAUGGUCGUACACCAACCAAGCUAUUCCCUAUUCCGAAUGUUCGACGACUUGAUACUUCUAGCAAAGGGUGGUCUCAUCGCUUACCACGGACCAGUGAAGGAUGUCGAGGAUUACUUUGCGAAUCUCGAUAUCAAUGUCCCGGAGCGCGUCAACCCGCCGGAUUACUUUAUCGACGUUUUGGAGGGAAUGGCUAAGCCGACGACGCAAUCGGGUUUGACUUACGAGGAACUUCCGAUGAGAUGGAUGCUCCACAAAGGCUAUCGGAUUCCACCGGAGAUGCAGCAGAAUGUUUCGGGUGCACCUGCAGCGAAUGCCUCCGAAAAUCAAGAUAAUUAUGGAGUCGAGCAAUUAUCCUUCUGCGGCGAGUUCUGGCAGAGUAUCAAAUAUAAACUCGAAGCGCAAUGCGACAUGAUACGGUAUACCGUUUGGAAGUCGAAAGACUUGUCGAAGAGACGAACGCCCUGCGUCGUCACGCAGUAUAUACACUUCCUCGGAAGAAUGGCGAAGCAGAGAAUGCGGGAAGCUCGAAUCCAAUCGAUAGAUUACCUCAUCUUGAUGCUUGCCGGGGUGUGUUUAGGUCUGAUAUCCAAAUCGAGUGACGAGAGCUUCGGUGCGCCGGGUUACACCUACACGAUAAUCGCAACUUCUCUGUUGUGCAAAAUCGCGGCCCUGAGAACGUUCGCGCUCGAUAAGUUGCAGUACCGACGGGAACGCGCCUCCGGGAUCAGCAGCCUCGCGCAUUUCGUUGCGAAAGACACUAUCGACCACUUCAACACGCUGAUCAAGCCGUUGGUGUAUCUGUCGAUGUUUUUUUUCUUCAGCAACCCGAGAUCGAGCUUCCCGGAUAACUACAUUGUGCUGCUUUGCCUCGUGUAUUGCGUGACGGGAAUGGCGUAUGCGUUGGCUAUCUUUCUUGAACCCGGCCCAUCUCAGUUGUGCUCCGUGCUUUUGCCCGUGGUUUUGACGCUCGUUUCGACUCAGCCCAAAGACAGCGCGUUUAUAAAGUUUGUGGCACGGUUGUGUUAUCCUAGCUGGGCUUUGGAAGCGUUUAUCAUCUCGAAUGCAAAGAAGUACUACGGCGUAUGGCUAAUACAAAGGUGCGGGGCGCUCCUUAGAACCGGCUACAAUCUUCACAAGUGGAAGCUUUGUAUAUCCCUUUUGAUGGGCGUAGGCGCAGGUUGCCGCGCCCUUGCUUUCAUCGGAAUGCUAAUUCUACAAAGGAAGUGAGGAAACAAGUACCGGCAUUUCUUCCGAUUUUGAAGAAUUUUAUUUAACCUAACUAACUUGAUCAUCACAACCUCCUUUUGAAAUUUUUUUUUUUAUGUAUGAUUGCAUUUGAGACGUCUAUAUUUUUUUUAUCUUUGGAUAACAAAUGUAGAAUAGGUUACAAGAUGUGCAUGUAGAAUAGGCCAUUGUGUAAAUAAAUGACAUUGGUUGAUU